AAAGGUACCAAGAGGGUGCAAUUUGUCAGGAACUUGAUUAGGGAGGUUGCUGGAUUCGCUCCCUAUGAGAAACGUAUCACUGAGCUUCUUAAGGUUGGAAAGGACAAGCGUGCACUCAAGGUCGCCAAGAGAAAGCUUGGUACUCACAAGAGAGCAAAGAAGAAGAGAGAGGAGAUGUCAAGUGUCCUUAGGAAGAUGAG